AAAACUCAACCCAUCGAGGGUCAAGCCUAUAUUAUGCUGGGAGCUCUGUCUUUAUUUAAAUUUUGUCUCUCACUUCCUUGAAGCUCUUGAAGCAUUAGUUGAGACCAGUGACGCUUUUCUGGGCCUUUGAUUUUCUUAACAAAAUGGCUAUGGCUAACUUUUGCUCAAGAAAUUGCUCAAAGUCACUUAAUCUUCUAGCAUGGCAAAUGAAAAGAGGACAGUUUCCAUUCGCAGCUGUGAGAAUUUUCCCCAGUCAUAUAGGAAGAGACCUCAGUAAUGUUUAUAAUCAGGAUUCCAACAGUGCUUCUGGUUCCACGCCUUCUGAGAAGGAUAAUGUUUCACCUCAAAAUGACACUGAUAAUGAAAGUGUCUCAGACGACUUUUCUGAAAAGUCACCUCAUAAACGGUUGCACACUUCUGCUCCAUUACGAAAUCGCAAAGAAAAUCCCAAAGAUUCCAUGAGCUUCUUGUUAUCCCAUGACAAACAAUCGGACAAGCAUUUUUCCAAGAACAAGCAAUACUUUGAACGCAUCUGGCUGUCUCAGCGGCCGGAACUUAAAAACAAUACUAGGCAUACAGAUGCACCAAUUGACCCAGCCCUUCACAGAGGGAAAGAGUUUGUACUUCCCUUGAAUGAUUCUGAUAUAUUCGGGACUUUGAGUGUGAGUGAGAGUGGUGUUUCUUCAUCACAAUCCCUGCCGGUUUCUGACAUCAGGGAUCCAAAUGAAAGAAUUGAUGAACUCUUGCCCCAGGACGAGGAUGCACCAAGAGAUCGCAGACUAAAGAUUCCUUUGACUAGAUAUGGUAGAAUCGGCAAACAGGCAUUUUUCUACACCAGAAAAAUGUCCAUGUUAGGAAAAGAAGGAAAGGUUGAGGAGGCCAUCGCUGUGUUUGAGCACGACAUGAUGAUCAGGGACAGAGUCAUGCCAAACAAACGGACUUUUGUCACUUUGCUGGGGAUACUUGGACGUGCUGGACACACCACAAAAGCUUUCCAGUUGUUCCGAAAGAUGAAGCAGCUGGGCCUUGAUGCUGAAGAUCACAUGUACACCAGCCUGUUCAAUGCUUGCGCCAACUGCCCUUCAAGAGCUGAGGGUCUGCGGAGGGCUCAGAACUUGCUCAACUACUUCCAAGAGAAUGACAUCAAGCCAAAUUUGUUUACUGUCAAGUCCGCCAUGAAGGCAUUUGCUCUGUGCGGUGACUUCCCCCGAGUGUUUGCGCUGAUGGAUGAUGCCGCUCAGCGACAGAGGCUAGACGUUCAAUGUUUUAGCCCGUUACUGAUGGCUUGUAUUGCUGAUAAACGUGCUGGCUUCCGCAGAGCUAUACAAGUUUGGCUCAAGAUGAAAGAAUACGGCAUCACACCAGAUACAAAGAUUUUCAACCUGUUCAUUCGUAGCGCCAGAGACUGUGGCAUCGGGAAACCCUCUGAGUUCCUGGCUGCUCUUGGAAUUUCCAGUCGUGAUCUGAGUCACCUGACUUUGUCUCCUGCCAUGGGGCUUUUGACUGAGAAAUCUGAACUAUUCCAGAGAGUCAGAGACUCAGCUGAUUCAUCAGAAAUUGUUAAACAGGAAUAUUUACGUAAAGAUCGGAAUGCUUUUGAGCUUGAAUCUGCUACAAGAGCUGAUCAGGAGUGGUCUGGAAUUUUAGACUUUGAGCACACUAGUAAUGCUGAUGGUCGAAUAAAAAGAGGAGAAAAUGAAGAUAUUCGUCACUUGGGUUCUGAUGUUGAAACUCAUGUUCCGGAUCAUCUUGAAAUAAUGGGUGGAAGAGUUAAUGCUGAUGACGGAACAGCUAACCUCAAAGAUGCUGAGAAUUACAUUAAUGUCUGUGCAGCAGAGGUUGAUAGAGAUAUUGCAGAGAUGUUUUCUCAGGCAGAUUCUGGGAGAAAUGCAGAAGGAGAGAAAGUGUAUGAAUGGUGGGAGGAUGAAGCAGAUACUUCAAGCUCAUUCGACAGCUAUGAGCACUUUGUCACUGUGACAAAAGGUUUGAGUAAAUCUAGAAACAAUGAAUUGUCUAGCUCUGUAUUCUCAACCCUCUUGUCUCAAGAAGUAUGUUUGAAAGACAUGGAGAAAUCGCUGGUUGCUGGCAUGCCAAAAGAUUUGAGAGAUUUGAACAAGCCAGAAGCACGACUGGCAUUAUUAGGUGGGGUGCCAGAGCUGCUAUCUCAGAUGGACAGGUUGGGUUCGGAUCCUGAUGUGAAAACAUUCACUCAACUUCUUUCCUGUCUGCCCAACACGGAGUCAGCUGAAGUUUAUCUGCUUCUUCAAAUGGAGAGUAGGGGUGUCCGGCCCGAUGUGGACUUGCUAAAUGAUGUCAUGAUGCGGAGGAAUAUGCGGCAUGAGAAGGAAAGUGUGAAGGCAGUACUUCCCAUAAUGUCCAAGCUAAGACUGAGCCCUAACAUGAGAACGUACGCUGCCUUAGCCCUGUCGUGCCGCACAGAGGAACAGGCCGUUCAGCUCAUGGAGGACAUGCGGGCCGCCAAUUUGGAGCCAAGUGUAGAGGUCAUGGGUCACUUUAUAUAUAGCAGUGGUACAAGAUUCAGCUACAAGCGUCGCAUGCUGCAAGUGAUGGAGGAAUUGGGUCACAAGCCCAACAAAGAAAUCAUCUCCAUUCUCGAGAGAUCUUUGGCAAACACCAAAAGGAAAAUUAUUGAAGCUGAGAAGUCUGGCGAAAACAAUUACCUCUUGUCAGACCAGUUCAGGAUUCCAUUCCGCAAUUUCUUGAAUUAUUAUCGUGAGUGGCUGUUGCGUACAGAGCUGAAGAGACCGCCACGACCCUGGAAACCGUCCAAGCCACCAGCUGUGAACGAAGAUGAAAAGUCUUCCUCCAAUUGAGAAAGGACUUUGUUUUGUACCUGUGGUGCUGCUUUGCUUGAUAGAUCUACAUGUCAUGUGAUUGUGAGGUUUUGUGAACUUUCUUGUCCCUGAGAGGCAUAGAUUUGGUGCUUGUGAUGUUUUAAAUUCUAGGGAUCAUUAACCAUUUAACUCCUAGAGCAGCGUUGCAUGGAGUCUAUCGAUUCACACCUAUAGCAGCAUUGUGCUGCGUUUUGAUCGCCGAACGCGUGACAUUGCCAUGGUCUGCAUUUUUUUUAGGUCUAGGAAGAUUGUCCGAUUAGAAUUAACCGAAAAUGAGGUUAUGAAGGAAAGGUAGAAAAGUUUUUUUUUGUUUGAGUUUUUGAAUGGUCGAAAUGACCGAAAAAUGGUGUGUAUGUGUAAAUGUUUAAAGUAAAUAUGGUGAAAUGGAGCGUGCAAUAGAGUUUGAGCUAGGACAAAUCCUUAGUUUGGUGACCGUGGGCUCCCAUUGUUCGUUUCUCACAUGUUUUACCAUUUUCAAGGGCUAAUUAAGAAAAUUACGUAAAUUAAGUAAUGUUUUAUUUUAUAUUUCCUGUCUUGAACAACUUUAUGAACCCAAUAAUGAUAAUAAUAUUAUAAUAAUAAUAAUAAAUGAAUUUAUAACGCGCCAGAAUCCACAAAACCUGCUCGUUGGCGUUUACAAAACACACUCACACACACACAUGCACACACACACACACACACACACACACACACACACACACACACACACACUCACACACACACACGCACUUACAAAAGCUCUAAAGCUCAGUACCACUACGACAUGCAUAAAUGUUCAAAAAAAUUUUAAACAAAAAAACUGACAUAUUUCAGAUAUGGAGUUCCAGCAUUAUAAAUAUACUUUCCUGAAAAACAUUGUCUUCAACUUUGAUUUAAAUUGAUCAAUUGAAAGAGACAUUUUAACCUCUUAAUCCAAAUUGUUCCAAAGUUUUGGGGCACAGAUGGAAAAGGCCCUUUCACCCAACAUUUUUCUGGACCUAGGCGCUUUCUCACUGGCAACCAGUGGAGGGUUUUCAAAAUAUCAUGGGCAUGGUCUGAAAGUUUUCUCAAAGUUACAAACUUGCAAGUCUUGCUGCCCUGUUUUGAAUCUUUUGAAGUCUGGCAAGAGUAGAAUCUGGACUGCCAAGAAGAAGGGUAUUACAAUAAUCAAGGUGACUUAUAAUAAAAGCAUGAACAAGAUUUUUUGUGGUAUUUUCAUCAAUAAAUUUCCUUAUUCUGCCAAUGUUUCUAAGAUGGAAGUGCAUGGUUUGACAAAUUCUGGUGACGUGUUUUCUUUGAAAAAUCAGGGUCAAAAUAAAAGCAAAGGUUUUGUAUGGCACUUGAUUUUUCCACCAUAGCAGUUGCAUUGCCUUGAUCCAAACUCUCAAAUUGUACAUUUGCUCUUAAGUGAUUUGUUCCCAUUAAGAUUAUUUCUCUCUUGUUUAUUGUCAAACAUCCAGUCCUUGAUAUCUUGAAGACAGUUUUGAAAGGUUGAAAUCUGUUGAUCUUCUUUUCCCCGGUUGAUUGGUAUGUGCAGCUGGGUGUCAUCGGCGUACAUGUAAUGUUCUAACUUGUGUUGCUUAACAAUGUCAGACAAUGGAGUUGUGUAGAGUAUAAAUAACACUGGUCCAAGGACUGAGCCUUGAGGGACUCUAUAAUGAAGCUGAACUGACGAUGAUCUCACACAGCCAGCCUCUGGUGUAGAAUUGCCAUGAGAAGAUGUAAGUUGAACUGAUUGGGAUCGGUCUUUGAGAUAGGAUUCCAGUCAUUUGAGUGCAGAUCCACUGAUGCCGAAGUAUACUAUGAGCCGCUGUAAUAAAAGGUCUUGGUCGAUGGUGUCAAACGCUGCGCUCAGGUCAAGCAAAAUAAGGGCUGUACACUGUUUUUGAUCAGUGUAUCGGAUGAUGUCGUUGUGUACUCUAAGGAGGGCAGUCUCUGUGCUGUGAAAUUUUUUAUAGGCUGAUUGACAUUUGGCGGCAAGACCCUCAGCUGAUGAAUACUUUUUGAGACGUGAUGAUACUAGCCUUUCCAAGACUUUUGAUUGGAAAUUGAAAUUGGAGACUGGACGGUAGUUGCUAAUGAGGUUUUUGUCUAAGUUUGAUUUUUUGAGCAGUGGUGUUUCGAGCGCAUGCUUAAAUAUGGGUGGGACAUAAGCCUCUUGCAGACUGCUGUUCACUAUAGAAGUUACUGCUGGUGUAACUUCUGCAACACAGUUUUUUAUCAGCCAAGCUGGAAUGGCAUCUAACAAACAGGUCUUAUUGGUGGAGGUUGUAAGUAUUUUGGAAAUUUCCUCUGUUGUUGCAGGCUGGAAUUCAUUUAAAGAUGAAUUUAAAUUUGCCACCAUUGAUUCAGCUGGAGUUUGACCGAACUCGUCUCUGAUCUUUUUAAUUUUGUUGUUGAAGUGAUCAGAGAAAUCCUCUGCCAGCAUCUGCGCAUCUCUGUGUGGUGGCAGGUUGACUGUAGUUUCAUGAUGUAAGAGGCCUGUAAUUAUAUUAAAAAGUUCUUUAGAAUUG